GGGUUUUGGAAUUAGACAAAAGAAAUUCUACGCAACCGAAUCGGACAUCGACAGAGAGAAAGCGAAAACUCGGAGAUCGAAAUCGAUGGAUUCGCUGAAAGGAAAAGGGAAAGGAUCGAAGGGAGCUUCCUCCUCUUCCAAGUUGGACCUCGUCAAGGAAUGGACCAAUUGGUCUCUGAAAAAGGCCAAAGUCGCGACUCACUACGGAUUCAUCCCUCUCAUCAUCGUCAUCGGCAUGAACUCCGAUCCCAAGCCACAUCUCUUCCAGCUUCUUAGCCCCGUCUGAAUGAUCGCUCUAUUUCAUCACCAUCAUCGUCAAAACCAGCUCAGAUCAAUCGUUUCCGAUGUUUCUCUGGUUUGGCUCUAUAUCUUUACGCGUGCGUCGUCUUUGAUUCGCCGGAUCUUUUUUAUGUUUUUCAUUAGCUGUGUUCUAGAAUGCUUUAUCUAUGCUUCUUAUACUCUCUGUGUGGAAUCAAUUUGAUUUACGAUAAUGUGAUAUCGAAUUCACGCUUUGAAUCUGUGUUCGCUGGGAUCUUCUUCUUAUUCAAAGUUUCACGUUUGACU